AGCGUUAAGAGCUUCUUAACGAAUCUGGGAAACCCAGUCAUUAUCAGUCUUAUCAAUUUUUGAUGAUGACAUUAAUCAACUCGUGUUAAUCUUUCUAGCACUGGCGUGUGAGGCAAAUUAUAUAUUGGAAUAAGAGUAGAAACUGCGCUGAAAUGUUUUUCUUAUUCAUAUGCAAAAAUAGAACCAAUUUAUCAGACAAUUUGCGCACUAUCAAUAAAUAUGUACACUAAAUUGUGAAUCAAUACUACAGAGUUCUUUGAAUGACAACCUCACUGUAAACUGUUGGUUGGACUCCUCAAACUGAAAUUCCCUGGUGGUGGAGUAAAUAUAUACUUGUGAAACAUUGCACCCAUUGGGCCAGUGUUCUCUGGGUGGGGUGGGACACCAGUGGACUACAUGGAGUGGAAUCAUGCAGGGCAAGAAGGUAUGUUAAAUAUUUCAGUGUAGUUAAGUGUUAUAGUAGUCAAAGUUCGAAGGUUUUAAGGAAGUUUGCCAAUUGUCAGAAAAUGAGGAUUUUGCUUGUGCAGGAGCAUGAAAAUAAAAUAAAUAAAUGAGGUAACUAUUAAUAUGAGUACAGAGGCUAUCAGAUGUAAAUUUCCAAUACAAUGUGUGUCAUUAUAUUAGCAUGAGCCUGUUUCCUAGGGAUUUUUAUAUGAACGUCACAAGGAAGUUGUAACUGAAUUUGUGGUAUACUUCAGUUUAUGUUCCACAGUUUAUCAUAAUAUGCCAUUACAGAUGUCCGACUACGUUACAGUUGUAAUUUUAUGUUAUUUAAAUAAUUGUGUUGCUUUCAGCUCUCUGGCAACCUCCUUGAUGUGGACCAUACUCCUGGAAUGGCAUUACCUACCAUGACUGUCAGCAAUUCCUGUCCUGCUAACAUUAAAAGGGAAAUACAUGAUGCUGAUGCAAAAGCUCUAAUGAAGGACAGGCAGAAGAAAGACAAUCAUAACCUCAUUGAGAGAAGGCGAAGGUUUAACAUCAACGACCGCAUAAAGGAGCUGGGGGAUCUAAUACCCAGGUCAAAUGACCCUGAGAUGCGUUGGAAUAAGGGAACCAUCCUGAAGGCGUCUGUGGAUUACAUUAGGAAGAUGCAGAAAGAGCAACAGAGGGCAAAGGAUAUAGAGAGGUGUCAGAAGAAAAUGGAGCAUGCUAACCACAGUCUAAUGCUACGUAUACAGGAACUUGAAAUGCAAGCUCGGCUCCAUGGUCUCUCAACCGUAGAGUCUUCUGGCCUGACCUCAAAAUCCUCUUUUCAGCAGCAGCAUCCACAGCAGCUACAUCCUCAUAGACGCCAGCCUCUGGUGCCCGGUCCUGGAGAGGCCUGCUCUCAAACCCUCCUCAGCCUUGGAGUAGCAGUCAUGGGACAAACUGUUUCCUUUCUCUCUCCACCAUCUUCUGACUCACCUGUGGAUUUGACUGUCAGCAAUUCACUUGACUUGGGGAGUCUGAGCUUUUCUGAAUUGGAUGACCCCUCCUCUUCAGUACUGUUCCCUGAUGUGGGCCUAGGGGACAUACUCAUGGAAGACAGUUGUGCCCUGAACUCGGAGAUGCUGGCAGAUAACCUGCUAUCACCUUUGUCACAUUGUGUCUCCAAAACAAGUAAUUGCAGGAACAGCUUAAAUAUGGAUGAAGACUUGUGACAGGGUUUUGCUUGAGUUAUUACAAAAAAAACAAGAGAAGAAGGUGCAUCUGCUAGACUUCCCAAUGAAAUCACCAUCCAGCCAUAACAAUUGAAGCCAUGUCCUGGAAAUGUAUAUCCAGGUGUGUCCUUCCAACAGCUUAGACCUUGAAUUAGUGAUUGGCUAACUGUUCUACUCACUCAUUUAAAUAAAUAUGUACUUAAUUUUUCUUUAAUAUAUCUUAAAUAUAUAGGCCUAUUAUAUUAUGCCUUAUUGACAUACAGAAUACAUUUGCAGCAUUAGCCUACUUUACCUUCUCAGCUGUGAUGUCAACAGGAAAUUCACAAAAGAAGUUUAAUUUAACUUUCAACUUGGUAGUGAUAUGCAUGACUAAUUUCAUUGUUUUGUCUAGAUGCAAAAUACCAAAGGUAUAUUUAU